AAAUGCUAAGCGCAUGGCGAGCAUAACACUGUAUUUGAGUAGGAAUUCAGCUGUAAUAUAGAGUCAAUAUGGAAUUUGAUCAGUUGUGAAGCAACAAACCGCGUUAAUGCUACAAAUCGAGGCUACUUGUUAGACACUGGCACGUUUACUGAGUUAACAGAUAAUGCGUGUUAUUUGUGUGGAGGUUAUGUGAUUAGGAAUUACAGUAGUUUGAAUAGCACAUGCUUCCAUUUAAAAUGAGUUACCGAGCUAGCGCAUUUCUUAUGUGUGAUUACUAAAGUAAUAUGUUAUACAAGGUUAACAGUUGCAAAGAGACGGCUGAGAUACCCAGCUCUUGGCUCGUUGUAAAUGACAGCCGAUAUUGCUUUUCGGCAUUACAUUUCUAUUUUGAAAUUAUGCGAACUAACCUUCUAUAAAGUAAUUACUACACAUUUGCAAUCGGCAAAUUAUCUCGAAGCGGGAUGAUGCUACGUCUGAGAAAUAUGAUUCAAGACGAGCAAGUGGAGAUAGCAAUAUGCAUAAUACUGCGUUUGCCAGGAUUGUUUCUAUUGGACUCAUAUUACCAGAUGACGCAGGAUACUGAAGAUGCAGAGCAGACUUUCAUCGUGGCAAUCCCAAGGGCCGCUCAUAUUUUGAUUGUGUUUGUGGCACUGAUCAUGAUAACACUACCAAUGGAGCACCUAAUCACAUUUUAUAUGCAUCUCUUGAGUGCAACAUUGCUUGCUGUCUCGAAAGCUUAUUCACUUCACUAUGUGAUUAAGGAGACUUCAGAAGCUGGAAAUGAAGCUGAAACUGGCACUUCCACACGGAAUUUUGAAGCACUGCUGUUCCACGUAUGUGUGUCUGCAGCCGUAACGUCACUGUUGGACUUGGAAGGGAACAGCCAUCGCACCCUACUAGCUGCCUAUACUCUGCCACCAUCAGCCAGAAUUGUGGGGGCACCAGUAUAUUGUCUCCCUACACUUCACUUCUGUGCAAAUAUUAUUAUUGGAGUAUGGUUUCUUAGUUACGUACUUGUGAAACUUCCAGAUUUGUUUGCACAUUUUGUCCAUCUCUACCGUUUUGUAGUUUUUGGGGGACGUGUCUUUUAUGUCCCUGUAAUUGUGUGGCAGCAGUAUUAUCUAAUGCAGCAGCUGUUCAUUUUCUGGUGUUUGCUUGUUGUGGUGCAGCUCUACAAUUACUGCAAUCCACAGGCAGUUGGUGGCAGCCCAAGGGGUGCCUUAUUGCUGGAACAGGAGUGGUAUUUGAUGUUGUUAUAUGCAGUGUCAGAAGUCUGUGCAUCUCCGUUCAGUCUGGCAGCUAGCUGCAUUGCAGUGACAUACAUAGCACGUUUUGUUUUGUUGUUUACAAAUGUUUUUGCUCAAGGAAAAUGGGAUUCAGGUUUAAUUCGUGAGCAUCCACGUGCUGGUGUAGGUGAAGGCAUUACUAUGGCACUGCUUUCUCUACAGACAGGAAUGACCCGUUUGACAAUGCCACAACGAGUUGGAGCCAUGUCUGUGGUUCUUUUCAUUGUGUUGGGCUCCCUCAUCCAGUCAAUGCAUGAAAUGACAGAGCCCUUGCUAAUGCGUCUUUGUGCAUCGAGAAAUGUGUCAAAGUUGCGGCACAUCCGUCUUUUAUUCCUCUGCCUUUUCCUUUUAACAUUUCCAUUGUACAUGACGUACUUUUUGUGCUCUCUCUUCAAGGUUGACUUCUGGGCACUUGUUGUUGUCUCCACAUGUGCUCUUACUUCUGUGCAGGUUGCAGGAUCAAUCGUUGUUUAUUGUUUAUUCAUGUUUGAUAACCUGUACAAAGAUUCUUCGUGGGAAGCAUUGGACGAUCUAGUUUACUAUGCUAGAGCUGUUACAAGGGUAUUGGAGUUUCUUGUUGCAGUUCUUGUAGUUGGAGCAGGCUUCCAUGAAUCAGUACUGAUGACAACGGAUGGCCAGCCUUGGUCAUGGGUAAACAGUUCUGUAUUGCUGGUGCACUGCUACUACAAUGUGUAUCUGAGGUUACAGUCAGGCUGGCAGAGUUUCCUGCUCCGCAGGGAAGCGUCACGUCGUGUGGGAGGGUUGCCAGUGGCGACCUGUGAACAGCUGGCAGCGCGUGCUCAUGAUGUUUGUCCAGUUUGCUACAUUGAGAUGACUUCUGCCUGUGUCACACCAUGUCAGCACCUCUUCCACCCAUCUUGUUUAAGAAAAUGGCUUUACGUACAAGACAGUUGUCCACUCUGCUCAUCACGAGUGAUAGAUAUUCCAAAAGUGAAAAAUGAGACCUCCAGCAGAACUCCAGAUCCCAUAAGAGCUGAGAACCAAAGUCAAAAAGUUGAUGAAGAAGCCUCUAUGCCCAGCAAUUGUGCCCCUGAAGAUGUAGUGAACAGUUCAAUUAAUAAUGCAAGUGAUAUGUUUUCAGAAGCAAAGACUGAACUAGAAACAGUCAGGAAUUCUAACUCAGAGGCUGAAGUUGUGGCUGAAACAUGCACUAGCAUGCAUAGGAGAUUUCCUGAGGAGGUUCAUGUGGAGAGAAACAACAAUUUUGGCUCUUAUAGUGAGGAGCCCUGUUUAGCUGGUAAAGAGAAAAUUGUAAUGGGUCAGGUUGAAGAAGAACCUAUCACGACAAAUAUAUCAUCAUCAUCAAAUGUUUCCAAUGAAACGGACAGUAACUGUAGACCUCAGUCUCCACAUGACAGAGGGCAAAUCAUACCUUUCAGUUAUCAACUAGAGAGACAAAAUACUGAAAUAAACUGCAGUGUAGAUUUCAGAAUGCUCUCUGUACAAGAUAAAAGCAGUGAGGAAGAUGUGCCAAGUAGCUCCUCCCUUGCAACAGAUGCCUGUUUAGACAAAGCUAUCCAAAAUGAGGAAAGUGAUCACUGAACAAUCAUUAUAAAUGUGUACAGCAACAAUAGUCACCAGUCAAUAGUUAUGGUCAAGUGAAUAUUUUACUCUAUUUUCCUCACUUGAUGAAUCAUUGGAACUAUUUUGGCUGUAGAUGUUGGUGUUUUCCAGGACACAGGUAUCUUAGGCAAACUGAUAACUGUAUGUGUCUGAAAGACUGGUGUUUUGUUUGUGUACGUACGUGUGUGUGUGUGUGUGUG